GCUUAUAGCAGAACGGGACAUCACACACACCGCCGCCGUACACACGCAGACGUCUAGCCCUCGUCCCUGGUCCAGCACUGCAACAUGUCAUUGCCCCCGCUACUACAGCAGAGUCCACGAGUCGUUAUCAACAAGCUACAUGAGGCCGCACGUGAUGGGUCGACUUGGCUCACCGCUGCCAUCCUCUCAACUGGAUCGAUUGACAUUGACGGGGGCGAUUCCUCGGGGGGGACCCCUCUCAUGCACGCCAUCUGCAACGAUCACCCGAGCGUUGUUAGCAUCCUACUUAGCAAGGGAGCGAGUGUUUCAGCGAUCAACGAUGAGGGCAAUACCGCGUUGCAUCUUUCGGCCUUCGCGGGGUACGUGGUCGUGACCAAGAUGCUGCUCAAGGCAGGGGCAAGCGUGGCAGCCACGGGUGCUCAGGGUGCCACACCGCUUCACUUCGCAGCAGAGAAAGGGCAUUUGGAGGUGGUGAAAGUGCUGACGCACGCAGGCGCUGACGUAAACAGCCGCAUGCCCAGCGGAGAGACACCGUUGUACGGUGCAGCGUGGGCGGGAUGGGUGGACGUUGUCAAGGAGCUGCUCCGCGCGAAGGCCAACCCUUUGCUGACUAGAGUGAAUCUGGCCUGGCAGCACCUUCCCUUGGAUACAGCUGCUCAGAACGGGCGCUUAGGAGUUGUACUCGAGCUGCUUCAGAGGUUCGGGAUCCGGGGCUGUGGCGGUGGCACCGGUGGCGUGACAGCCCUGCAACUUGCUGCCAUGAAACCCCACAUGGACGUCAUGCUCGCCUUGACAACCGCCGGGGUGGUCGACACAGGCAUUGCCCUCGUCAAGGCCACCAGCUUUGGCCACAUGGAUGUUGUGAAGUUCCUAUUACAGCAGCAGAACGGGACGCCUUCAGAAAAAUCCGCGUACGUAAGCCGCCCGCGCGACCCUUGCGGCAGGACACCUUUGAUUUGCAACAUCGAUGUCGGCUUGAACCAGUCGUGCUCUCCAAAGGUGGUGCGGUUGCUCGUCGACGCUGGAGCAGACACGACAUCGAUCGUUCGCUUCACCAUCCAACCGGGAACAUUGCCAGUCGUAUGCACGCCCUUGUCUCUCGCUACCGAAGCCCUGCGCAUAAAGAUAGCCUACCGGAAAGCCAUUCCAGACGAGCUGCUGCGCCGGCUGGAGCUGAUCCGCCGCUUGCUAUUGCGGGUGGAGGCCGUCCAUGCGACUUCUUGGCUCUGGCAAAAUGGGGUUCCCCGUGUUGGGUUGCCUGCGGGGGGUACUGCUGCCACCGAGACCGAGUCAUCCUCGACAACUGCACCACAGCUGAGAACGGUGUUGCCCAUCCUGAGGCGUAGGGCGCGUGGACGAGGCUUUGUUUCGGCGAGCCUAUGCAGGUAUGCAGUCAAGCUUGAUGGAAAGCCGUAAUUCGUCGGCCAUCGACUGGAUGGCUGCAUUUUGCGGUGUGUGGGUGAGCUACCAGAGUACGGGUGGCAGUGCCGCUGGGCUUGAGUGGUCAACGAUAGCUCCUCACGACCGUAAGAUGUAAACGCUAGCCAUACAGCCGAAACAGUACGACAGAGUUGCGGGUGGUUACAAACCUUCGUGUUAACCCGAAAGGGAAAUUCGGGAACCCUUACCACUUGGGGUAUGCUGAUGCUGAGAGUUGGUCAUAGUCUGUCUUAAGUUAUUUCAAUUGCUUUGUUUCUCGCCCAUGAUGCGGAGAGACUGCUGAGUAUUCCGCGGCUGUGCACGGCUAUCGAAAGAAGCAGCCUCCACUGUUGUAGUUCAUCGUCUGGAAUGUCGUUUUGAAAUACUGUAUACGACGCAAGAUAACACACCCCAGGGAUCACAGAUUUGUUUUUGGUUACAGGGCGUUGUGUGCUUUGUCUUGUGUAGCCCGGGUGAUAAAGCGCGGGCGGGAGCCAUAAAAGGAGGGUGAAAACCAGGGGAUGUGAUUCCACUGCUGCACACUUGCGGAGACGGGUGUGGUAAACAGGGGGGGUACUGACACUGCUUGCAAAGUUAUUCUUACGGUGCCUGAUGCCACAAGUGCAUCAGGCGUGGUAUUGAGGGGGCUUGAUGCCACUGCCUGCAAAGAACUGCCGUACUACUGCCGUAUUUGCGGGGUGUGUGGUACGAGCGGGGGUGACACCAUUGACUACAGUAAACUGCCGGGGGGGAGGGGAGGUGACAACCCGCCUGAUCACGUGACCCGCAGCGAUGAACAACGACAGCGCCAGCAUCGAAACAGCGAAAGUGUUGGCCGUGUAGUAAAAGAGGGUGUCAUCCAACACUACGCCUGGCGCAAUAGAGUAUAUGCCGAGAAC